CUUUUCGAUUGUAAACUGCCUUAGUUAAUAAUCCCAGGUCAUAGUCAUCGGCGCUGGUCUCGGUGGCUUAGGGGCCGCGAUAUCAAUCGCCCUAACCGGCCACAAAGUCCACAUCCUCGAAGCCGCCGCAGAAAUCGGCGAGAUCGGGGCAGGAAUCCAAGUCCUGCCAAACUCAUCUCGGGUGCUUUUUUCAUGGGGCAUGGAAGAGCAGCUCGCGCGGCAUGCAACCCGGCCAAAGCGAUGCAACUACCUCCACUGGAAGGGCGGCAAGAUCUCGCACAUGGAUUUCCACGAGUAUGCGGAAGAGUUAGGCACGCCGUUCUGGGACUUCCACCGCGCGAACCUGCAUCUUGAGCUUUUGAAUCGGGCGAAGGAACUCGGUGCGACAAUGGAGACUAAUUCAAAAGUUGCAAAUAUCGAGUACGAAUAUCCGGAGGAAGGGAGGACGAUUGCGGUCGCUGUGUUGGAGAACGGGAGCAGAAGGAAGGCAGAUUUGAUCGUUGGUGCCGAUGGAAUCAAUAGUAGAUGCAGAGAGAUUUUAUUGGGUCGUCCGGAUCCUCCGGUUCUGACGGGCGAUCUUGCGUAUCGGUUGCUGUUGAAUACGGAGGAUAUGAUGAAGGAUCCUGAGCUAAGGACAUUCAUCGAGAACCCGCAGGUCAACUACUGGAUGGGUCCUGAUGCACAUGCCGUAAACUACGUUCUUCGAGGUGGCAAGCUCUUCAACAUGGUCCUGCUUGUACCUGACGAUAUGCCCGCCGGUGCCAACACAGUCGCCGGUAACGUAGAAGAAAUGUGCGCCUUGUACAAAGACUGGGACCCGCGAAUUCCCAAAUUGCUUGCACUCUGCGAUUCGGUCUUCAAAUGGCGCCUUUGCAUCCGACCAAACCUCAACCCUACCUGGUCGCACGAGAGUGGCGCCUUUACCAUCUUAGGUGACGCCGCACAUGCCACGCUUCCAUAUCUUGCCUCUGGUGCUGGUAUGUCACUCGAGGAUGGCCACGUCCUGGGUCUCUGUCUCGGGCGCCUGUCAGGAAAGUCCGACGUUGAGAAGAAAAAGGCGCUCAAAGUGUACGAGCGAUGUCGACGCGAGCGCACCGAGAAGGUUGUUGCGCGUGGAAACCUACAGCAACACCUGUAUCAUGUGCACGAUGGUCCUGAACAGCAAGAGCGUGACCGCCUUCUCAAGGAGUUUUCAGUGUUCAAUGGCAGGGGGAAGCCGGUAAGCGAGCAGGAGCUACAGGAGAAGGGCUUGGAGGAUAAUUCCGAUCCAUUCCCGUGGCGAUGGCACGGUGUAGGCAAGUGGCUGCUUCCGUAUCAGUGUGAGCUUGAUGUCGAGCAGCGGUGGGCUGAGGUAGAAGGCGAGGCUGCCAGUAUGGGAUCGAGACGAAGGGCGAGCACCGAAGUGAGGGCGCAGUUGUAGGAGGCUGGUUGAGUUGAACGUACGAGACUUGCAUGGUUCGAAGUUCAGACGAAACAUCUAUUGUAAAC